CAGAAAAGUCAUGCGAUGGUGACCAAUGUACAACCUGUUGGCUUAUACAAAUACAAUGGAGCAGUAACACUCAUUUCAUUCAACUUGAGUUGGUCGGAGCAGCUGACAGAAAAACAAAUAAAGAUGCGAUUUCUUGUCAUCACUCUCAUUCUACUGAUUCAAGCAUGCGGCUCCCUUUGGGCUCAGACACCAGACCCAGGUCAACCUGACUCUCCAGGAUUCCUGCACAGCCUGAUGGAGAGAGCUCGUGCAGCCAAAGCUAAAGUCCAGAAUGUGGGAGAGGUGGUACUGGGUUAUAUGGGCACCUACUAUGAAGACCACAUCCAGCCGGUAGCUGACAGCUACAGCGAAUGGGCCUCGGGCAUCCAGGACUCUUUGAAGGAGAAGAUUCAAAGCUACAUGCCUUUUAUGGCUACAAACAUGACUGAUUCUUAAUUGCAUAAUAAAUCAAACACGUGUAAACUGG